AUGCUCAACGGAAAUAACACCGCCACUUUCAUCGAGAGAACCGACGUGGCGAAACUCGCGCCGUUAACAGUACCCAAAUUUGACGGGAACCACAAGAACUGGGUCCCCUGGAAGGCCAACUUCCAAGCGCUCAUACACGAUCGUCUGGGAAUGGCGGGAAGCGUCAAACUAUCCCAACUUCAGAAUGCGGUUCAGGGUUUAGCCGCAACUGUAAUAAAAGAGUUCUGUCUUGACCCCAGUGACGACAGCUACGGUCUAGCUUGGGAAGCGUUGUGCAACGCUUACGAUCAGCGAUGUGUCCUAGUCAAUGAGCAUUUCGACGCUCUUCUGAAGUUAGCUCCCGCUCAAAAUCCAACCGUCGAAACCACAGCCACCCUGAUGUACACCGUCCGUCAGCACGUCAGCAUGCUUAAGACGAUGAACAUUGCGAUUUGCGACGAGUUUGUCCUGCGAAUUCUUGAAAGGUGCCUGCCCGGGUAUCUCCUGUCGCGAUGGAUGGAUAAACAUUCAAAUCGCGAAAUCCCCAAAUUGGAAGAAUUGUAUACCUUUUUUCAAGAUUCAAUAUUCAAACAACAAGCGAUAGGUGAACUUCCGAAACGAGAUCAUCAGUCCAAAAGAAAGGGGGCGACAGCAAGGCAGAACCUCCGGCGAAAGUCUCCAAGAACGUUACUAAAACACUCGUACCCACUUCGACGACCAACAACAACGCGUGCGUUCAAUGCGGUCAAUCCCAUAGACUCUACAAGUGCGAAGAGUUCAAUAAAGCCAAAUUGA